AUGAUUCCUAAUGGAUAUUUGAUGUUUGAAGAUGAAAACUUCAUCGAGUCAUCUGUUGCCAAACUAAAUGCCUUACGUAAAAGUGGUCAGUUCUGCGAUGUCCGUCUCCAGGUAUGCGGACAUGAGAUGCUGGCGCACCGAGCUGUGCUAGCUUGCUGCAGUCCCUACCUGUUUGAAAUCUUCAAUAGUGACAGUGAUUCUCAUGGAAUUUCCCAUGUUAAAUUCGAUGACCUCAAUCCAGAAGCUGUUGAAGUUCUGUUGAAUUAUGCUUAUACAGCUCAGUUAAAAGCCGAUAAAGAACUGGUGAAAGAUGUAUACUCUGCAGCAAAGAAGUUGAAGAUGGAGAGAGUUAAGCAGGUUUGUGGUGACUAUUUGCUCUCCAAGAUGGAUGUUCAGAGCUGCAUCUCUUACCGAAACUUUGCAAGCUGUAUGGGAGACUCGCGUUUGUUGAACAAGAUCGAUGGCUACAUUCAGGAACACCUUUUACAAAUUUCAGAACAGGAAGAAUUUCUCAAACUUCCACGAUUAAAGCUUGAAGUAAUGCUGGAAGACAAUGUUGGCCUACCCAGCAACGGCAAAUUGUACACAAAGGUAAUCAACUGGGUACAGCGGAGCAUCUGGGAGAACGGAGACAGCCUGGAAGAUCUAAUGGAAGAGGUUCAAACGCUGUACUACUCAGCUGAUCACAAGCUGCUUGAUGGAAAUCUGCUAGAUGGACAGGCUGAGGUGUAUGGCAGUGAUGAUGACCACAUUCAGUUUGUGCAGAAGAAGCCACCACGUGAGAAUGAUCACAAGCAGAUUAGUAGCAGCUCCUCUGGAAGUCUUUCUCCAAAUGCUGCUGUUCAGAGUCCUAAACACGAGUGGAAAAUCAUUGCUUCAGAGAAAACUUCAAGUAACACCUAUCUGUGUCUCGCUGUUCUGGAUGGUGUCCUGUGCGUGAUAUUCCUGCACGGCCGUAACAGCCCUCAGAGCUCUCCCACCAGCACGCCACGACUGCUGAAGAGUCUGAGCUUUGAGCUUCAACCGAAUGAUAUCAUAGAGAAGCCCAUGUCUCCAAUGCAGUACGCUCGGUCUGGACUGGGCACAGCUGAGCUUAAUGGGAAGCUAAUAGCUGCAGGUGGCUAUAACAGAGAGGAGUGUUUGCGCACAGUGGAAUGCUAUGAUCCGCAAAAGGACACGUGGACUUUCAUUGCGCCGAUGAGAACGCCACGAGCUCGGUUCCAGAUGGCUGUUUUAAUGGGUCAGCUCUAUGUUGUGGGGGGGUCAAAUGGUCACUCAGAUGACUUGAGCUGUGGAGAAAUGUAUGAGCCAGAAAUAGAUGACUGGACUCCUGUUCCGGAGCUGAGAACCAAUCGCUGCAAUGCAGGAGUAUGUGCCCUGAAUGGAAAAUUGUACAUAGUUGGUGGUUCAGAUCCUUAUGGCCAAAAGGGACUUAAGAACUGCGAUGUGUUUGAUCCCAUCACAAAAUCUUGGACAAGCUGUGCUCCCCUUAAUAUCCGGAGGCACCAGUCUGCAGUUUGUGAGCUGGGGGGGUAUUUAUACAUCAUCGGAGGAGCAGAAUCAUGGAACUGCCUGAAUAGCGUGGAGCGUUACAAUCCUGAGAACAACACUUGGACCCUGAUUGCACCCAUGAAUGUGGCUCGCCGAGGAGCCGGAGUGGCUGUUCGUGACGGAAAACUCUUUGUGGGCGGAGGCUUUGACGGCUCCCACGCAGUGAGCUGCAUGGAGAUGUACGACCCUGCCAAGAACGAGUGGAAGAUGAUGGGCAGCAUGACGACUCCCAGGAGCAACGCCGGCAUCACCACGGUGGCCAACAGCAUUUAUGCAGUUGGGGGAUUUGAUGGCAAUGAAUUCUUGAACACUGUUGAAGUCUACAAUCCAGAAGCAAACAAGUGGAGCCCCUACACAAAAAUUUACAAGUUUUAAGUGAAUUAAAUUCCCCUUUCAAACUAACAGGCUUAGUGAUGUAAUUGUGUGUUAGUAGAGGUACACAUGUGAAUAGGGUUGGGGAGGGCAUAGAUGUUGCCAACAGCAACACAGAGCUUUUGCAUAUUGCAUAUUAACGUGCUGUACAUAUUUGUUUUGGAAAGAAUAUCAAGAUGAAGGGUUUUUUGUGUAUUUUAGAACUUUGUUUUAGGGGUUUUUUUGUUAAGAUUUUUUUUGAAGAUAAUGCAAGAUAAACUAGACAGGGCAUAUCAUUUCAGGAGUUUCCCCUGGUGUUUGUUUGGUCACUUUGCACAUUAAAUGACUGUUCUUGUAGGAUGUGUUCUUGGGGCAGGAAGUGUAAGGUUCAUGGGGGG